AUUACUAUCUCAUUGGUGACAUCUUCAAAUGUACCCGAGCUAGACUAUAGGUCUCGAGCUUUCUGAACGGGUUUGAAACAAGAACUGUCUAGUGCCUCCAUCAUGUUUGGGAAGAGCUUUCCGUUCUAUAAUUCUGUCGCCGGGUUUUAUCCACGUGAAAGCACAGAUUCGCGAAGGCCGCCAGGGACCGGUUACACCAGUAAAGUCCGAGUGCGAGAUAGAUACCACAUUGUGGGUUUCAUCAGCAGCGGUACGUAUGGCCGAGUCUACAAGGCGAUCGGCAAAAAUGGCCAGAAGGGCGAGUUCGCCAUCAAGAAGUUCAAGCCGGACAAGGAAGGGGAGGUAGUGCAGUACACUGGUCUCUCGCAGUCCGCGAUCCGAGAGAUGGCUCUUUGCUCCGAGCUUGACCAUCCCAAUGUGGUGCAAUUGGCAGAAAUCAUCCUGGAAGACAAGUGCAUCUUCAUGGUCUUCGAGUACACGGAACACGAUCUCCUCCAGAUCAUCCACCACCACACGCAACCGCAGAGACAUGCGAUUCCAGCGGCGAUGGUCAAAUCGAUCCUGUUCCAGCUGCUGAACGGUCUCCUCUAUCUCCACACCAACUGGGUACUGCAUCGGGAUCUCAAGCCAGCCAAUAUCCUGGUCACAUCCAGCGGCGCCAUCCGCAUUGGGGAUCUCGGUCUCGCCCGUCUCUUCUACAAACCCCUCAACUCCCUCUUCUCGGGCGACAAAGUGGUCGUCACCAUCUGGUACCGUGCCCCCGAGCUUCUCAUGGGAAGCCGACACUACACGCCCGCGGUGGAUCUGUGGGCGGUGGGGUGCAUCUUCGCGGAGCUCCUCUCGCUGCGGCCCAUCUUCAAGGGCGAAGAGGCCAAGAUGGACAGCAAGAAGACGGUGCCCUUCCAGCGCAACCAGAUGAUGAAGAUCAUGGAGAUCAUGGGCCUCCCGACCAAGGAGACCUGGCCGGGCAUCGUCUCGAUGCCGGAAUACGCCCAGCUCCAGUCCCUGGCCGUGUCGCGGGCCCCCGGCCACUUCAGCCGCUCCUCGAACCUCGAGGGCUGGUACCAAAGCUGUCUCAAGAACAACGGAUACUCCUCCAACUCGAGUGCGGGCACUCCCGGGGCGGACGGGUACGACCUGCUGGCGCGGCUGCUCGAGUACGACCCCACCAAGAGAAUCACAGCCCAGGAGGCACUGGAGCACCCGUACUUCCGCAACGGCGGCGCCAUCUCGGCCAACUGCUUCGAGGGGUUCGAAGGCAAAUACCCCCACCGCCGGGUCACGCAGGAUGACAAUGACAUCCGGUCCGGCAGCCUGCCCGGCACCAAGCGGAGCGGACUGCCGGACGAUACAUUGAUGGGGCGAGCAGCGAAACGCCUGAAGGAGUGAUCCUACCGCCUCCACUUCAGUCUGAAUCUCUCGAAAUAUAGUCUCUGCAUAUGGGCACGGCGUUCAGGUUGCUGGAAUUAAUAUCAGGUGCGAGAUACAUAGCAACACAUUUAGAUGAAAUACAACAUAAGCACAUUGUACAACCUGCACUGAAAUUCGAGCGUUCUGUGCCCACCGUGGCGCCACGCCCUCCUAGAUCAAGCAAAGAGAACACACACUUUACAGACACUAUUGAACCGAAUUGUUC